CCAGCCCCCAGCCAUGGAGAUGGGGAAGGGGAAGGGGGGAGCGGGGGGAAGUUGCUGGUUUCCACCCUCCUGGAUGCCAAGGAUGAGCUGGAGGAGAGGCUGGAGAGAUGCGUGAGCAUCGUCACGGCGCUCACCAAUGGGCUCUCGGAGCGGGAAGCCAACGAUGCUCUCAACGCUCACAUAUGCAAAGGAAGCCCCCAGCACGAGGAGAUCUGCCUGGGGCUCUUCACCCUGGUCCUCACGGAGCCCGCUCAGGCCCAGAAGUGCUACCGGGACCUGGCCCUGGUGAGCCGGGAUGGGAUGAACAUCGUCCUCAACAAGAUCAACCACAUCCUGAUGGAGAAGUACUUGAAGCUGCAGGACACGUGCCGCACCCAGCUCGUGUGGCUGCUGCGGGAGCUGGUGAAGAACGGGGUGCUGGGUGCUGAUGGCGUCUGCAUGACCUUCAUGAAGCAGAUUGCAGGUGGGGAUGUGACAGCCAAGAACAUCUGGCUGGCUGAGAACGUGCUGGAGAUCCUCACCGAGCAGAGAGAGUGGGUGCUGAAGAGCAGCCUCCUCAUCGCCAUGGCCGUGUACACCUACCUGCGGCUCAUCGUGGACCACCACGGCACGGCCCAGCUCCAGGGCCUGCGCCAGAAGGAGGUGGAAUUCUGCAUCUCCCUGCUCCGGGAACGGUUCAUGGAUUGCUUCAUGAUCGGCCGGGACCUGGUGCGGCUGCUGCAGAACGUGGCCCGCAUCCCGGAGUUCGAGCUGCUCUGGAAGGACAUCAUCCACAACCCGCAGGUCCUCAGCGCCCAGUUCACAGGUGUCCUCCAGCUCCUGCAGUCCAGGACAUCCCGCAAGUUCCUUGCUUGUCGCCUCACUCCCGACAUGGAAACCAAGCUGCUCUUCAUGACCUCGCGGGUGCGGUUUGGGCAGCAGAAGCGGUACCAGGACUGGUUCCAGAGGCAGUACCUGUCCACCCCGGACAGCCAAUCCCUGCGCUGCGACCUCAUCCGGUACAUCUGCGGCGUGGUGCAUCCCUCCAACGAGGUGCUGAGCUCCGACAUCCUCCCGCGCUGGGCCAUCAUCGGCUGGCUGCUCACCACCUGCACGUCCAACGUCGCUGCUUCCAAUGCCAAACUGGCCUUAUUCUAUGACUGGCUCUUCUUCAGCCCCGAGAAGGACAGCAUCAUGAACAUAGAGCCUGCCAUCCUGGUGAUGCACCACUCCAUGAAGCCUCAUCCUGCCAUCACCGCCACGCUGCUGGAUUUCAUGUGCCGGAUCAUUCCCAACUUCUACCCUCCUCUGGAAGCUCACGUCCGGCAAGGGGUCUUCAAUUCCCUGACCCACAUCGUGGAGAAGCGGGUCCUUGCCCAUUUGGCCCCUCUCUUUGACAAUCCCAAGCUGGACAAGGAGCUCCGGGCCAUGCUAAGGGAGAAGUUCCCGGAGUUCUGCAGUUCACCCUCACCCCCCAUUGAAGUCAAAAUUGAGGAGCCCGUUUCCAUGGAGAUGGAGAACCACAUGGCGGAGAAGGAUGACAGUUGCUAUGACAACGCCGAGGCCGCCUUCAGUGAUGAUGAGGAGGAUCUGAACAGCAAAGGAAAGAAGAGGGAAUUCAGGUUCCAUCCCAUCAAGGAAGCCAUCGUGGAGGAGCCUGUGGACAUCACCCCCUUCCUGGACCAGCUGGAUGAGUCCCUGAAGGAUAAGGUCCUGCAGCUGCAGAAGGGGAGCGACACGGAAGCCCAGUGUGAGGUCAUGCAGGAAAUCGUGGAUCAAGUCCUGGAGGAGGACUUUGACUCGGAGCAGCUGUCGGGGCUGGCCUCCUGCCUGCAGGAGCUCUUCAAGGCUCACUUCCGAGGGGAGGUUUUGCCGGAGGAAAUCACGGAGGAGUCCCUGGAGGAGUCCGUGGGGAAGCCGCUCUACCUAAUAUUCAGGAAUCUCUGCCAGAUGCAGGAGGACAACAGCGGCUUCUCCCUGCUGCUGGACCUCCUCUCGGAGCUCUACCAGAAGCAGCCCAAGAUCGGGUACCACCUCCUCUACUACCUGAAGGCCAGCAAAGCAGCCGCGGGCAAGAUGAGUCUCUACGAGUGCUUUGCCCAGGCCACGCAGCUGGGGGACCUGCACACCUGCCUCAUGAUGGACAUGAAGGCCUGCCAGGAGGACGACGUGCGCCUGCUCUGCUACCUCACCCCCUCCAUCUACACCGAG